GUCUGCACAUCUCCUCACUCCGCGUCCUCAUCAGUCAUCACUCCUCAUUGACUUCCAGAUCUCCCCACUCCACUCGUCUACAGUUCCAGCGCCGGUGCCAUCUCGCCACUCGUCGCCGCCCUCGCCGCCGGUGCCUCUCACACGAGCCAGAAACACCCCGCGUCCGCACUCGCUUCCUCGUCUCCCCACUCCCGCCGCCGGUUCCAGAUCCGCGUCCCACCAGCCGCACUCCGUCCUCCCUGGCGCCCAAUCCUCGUCCGCCGUCCCCGACUUGGCCAACUCGCCGUCUACGUGGCCGCAUCAGAUGACAGGCGGAAUUGUGACCGUGGCAGGCGGGGUGAUGGACCCCCUCAUCGGCAAGCUCAAAACACUCAUGGGCGAUGAGUACAACAAGUUCAUAGGUGUCAGGAAGCAAGUCUCAUUCCUUGAGAACGAGCUCAGCGCCAUGAAUGCCGCCCUUCACAAGCUGGAGCUCAUGGAUGAGCUCGAUCCGACCGUCAAGGACUGGGUGGAUCAUGUUAGGGAUAUGUCCUAUGACAUGGAGAAUUGUAUCGACGACUUCAUACACGAGUUUAGCGCCGAUGAUGUCAAGGCAGGCCUCAUAGAGAAGACUAUUCAGUUCGUCAAGAAGUUUCGACAACGUCUUCGGAUAGCUGACCGGAUGGAAGAACUCAAGACUCUUGCCUUGGAGGCAAAUGCUCGGCGCGAGAGGUAUAAGAUUGAUGAUUGCAGGCCUGCCUCUAGCUCUGUGGCUGUUGACCCUCGGCUGCGAGCGGUAUACCAGGAGGCGGAAACUCUUGUGGGUAUUGAUGGCCCAAGGAAGGAGGUUGUCACUCGGUUGAUGGAUACACAAAAGAAACUCAAGGUGGUGUCCAUUGUGGGAUUCGGUGGUCUUGGUAAAACAACACUUGCCAAACAGGUGUAUGACAAGAUCAGCUCGCAAUUCACAUGCAAGGCAUUUUUUUCUGUUUCACAGAGGCCUGAUAUGAUUGAGCUACUCAACAAUUUACAAUAUAAACUUGGGAUGAAGGAGUCCAAUUCAUCCCGCCCUCGCAAGGUUGACGACAUCAUUGAAGAGCUAAGGGAACAUCUGAAAAAGAGGAGGUACCUUAUUGUUGUGGACGAUCUGUGGGAUGAAUCGACAUGGAAUAUUAUUAAGUGUGCUUUUCCAGAAGAUGGUAACGGAAGCAGAGUAAUAGCUACAACACGAGUGGAAGGUGUGGCCGGAGCAGCCUGUCAGAAUGACCGUGAGGGUAUCUACAAAUUGGAACCUCUCAGUGAAGAAAACUCAAGAAUGUUAUUGUUGAAUAGAGUAUUUGGGUUCGUACAUGGUUGUCCCCCCCAACUUGAAGAUGUCAUGGCUGAAAUUUUGAAAAAGUGUCAUGGAUUGCCACUUGCAGUUAUCACAAUAGCUAGCCUAUUAGCAAGUGAAGAAAGAUCAUUGAAGGGCUGGGAGAGUAUAAGGGAUUAUUUGGGUGCCCAGUCUGCCACAAAUCCCACCUUGGAAGAGAUGAAGAGUAUAUUAAACCUUAGCUACAUGCAUCUUCCUGCUCAUUUUCGAGCAUGUUUUUUGUACCUUGGUAUGUAUGCAGAGGACUGUGAGAUCCUAAGAGAUGAUCUGAUUCGACAAUGGAUAGCUGAAGGCUUUAUCAUUAGUUUGCAUGUGCAAGAUCUGGAGGAUGUUGGCAGGAGUUAUUUCAAUGAGCUUGUCAAUAGAAGCAUGAUCCAACCUUAUAAAAAUGUGGAUGGGAAGGUGUGUUGCAAAGUACACGACAUGAUGCUUGAUUUGAUCCUAAGCAAGUGUGCUGAAGAUAACUUUAUAAGUGUGGCAUACAAUUAUGAAGGCAUGGCAAGAUUGCAUAGCAGGAAACACAAGGUUCACAGACUAUGUAUGACAUCCAUUGUUGGUGGUGGAGCAACAUAUGGCCCAACUAUUGUUGUUAGCUUAUCACAAGUUCGGUCAUUUACAAUGUUGGGGAACUCCAUGCCUCCUCUGGUGUUGUUUAAGUAUCUCCGGGUGCUCAAGAUUGAUCAAGGCAGGCCCAGGGGAGACGAGGAGACACGUGACCUCACCGCUAUUAGGCAAUUGUUUCAGCUAAGGUAUUUGCAGAUUUUGGGGCCAUAUCCUAUAAAGCUCCCUUCUGAACUUCAAGGGCUUGUUUACUUGGAGACGCUGGACAUACCUGAUGCAUGCCCCAGGACCAUCCCCUCAGAUAUUGUCCAUUUGUCCCGCUUGUCCUAUCUCAAUGUAUGGAUGGAAGAAGGGCUGCCUGAAUUGAUUGGAAAUAUGAAAGUAUUGCGCAGUUUGAGAAUAUCGAAUAGCUGGGUGAUCCAUCAUAGCAUGAAGGGUAUUAUGGGUCUUGGUGAGCUGACCAAUCUUCGGGAACUGAUGAUCGAGGUGGGGUUGGAGAAGCCAGAACUUGAUGCUUUGGUCUGGUCCAUUGGAAGGCUCUGUAACCUCAAACACCUUCAAAUCUUAGGGUUAUGUUCCAAAGGCGAUAACCAGCUGGGUUCAUUAUCCAAUCCUUUCCAACAUCUCGAGGAAUUGCACGUAUCUUCAUUAAAUUUCUGUAGAGUUCCCACAUGGAUGGGUGGUCUUCAUUGCCUUAGCAUUCUCGACCUGCGUGUGGAGGAGACGUCAACUGAGGAGGUUUAUCUUCUUGGGGGGCUUCCCUCCCUUGUCAAUUUGAUUUUCAAACCAUCACACAUCCCUAAAGAAAGGGCUAUGUUGGACACGGGACUAUUCCCGGUUCUGGAGUACCUCGAAUUUUGGUCUCAGGAAGAUGUUAUGGGGUACCUGGGGUUCGAGGCAGGGGCCAUGCCCAACCUACAAUUCCUCACCGUUCACUUUAUAAAGGAGUGGGGCGGCAGUAUACCAGUCGGCAUGGAACAUCUAUCACGCCUCCAAGAGAUCCUACUGAAGGAGGCUUAUUCCGAUGAUGCCAUUGUGUCUAUGUUCAGGAAUGCCUUAUCAGCACACCCAAACCGCCCUUCCGUUGAACAUUGGUCCGGUAAACGUGAGGAGGUAGUUCGAAUUUGACUGCCGCCUCACAGCCUAUUGGCAUCCUUGUCGAUGUUUACCAUUUCUUUAGCAAUGCAGGCUCAGAGCUCAAUUAGAGUGGAUGUCAAAGCUGAGGGGUAGAGUGCCAACAAUGCAGAAGAGGAGCCUUUGCUGCGAAGAAGGAAGCUGCACUUGAGGCUGCAGAGAAGAGAGCAGCAGAGGCAAAAGAAGGUUGAAGCUGCAUACAAGGAAGCAGGACAAGGACAAGAUGAGGCAUAGAAGGUAGCAGCUGAAGGAAAGAAAUGUUAGUAGAUUGUACAGAGUCAAACUUUUCGUGGAUAUAUGAUUAGUCUGCAUCAGUUUGCUUCUCUAGCUUCCCUGAAGAUAUGUUCAGAGUCGACAGUUGUCCACUUACACAAGCACACCCACCAACCUCCAAAGGCUGCUACUGAGCUCAAUGUCCAUUGCCAAUUUGCCAUGUUGUCAGAUAGCUUUGGAAAGGUGUUUGUCAAAUCUUAAGUAUCUCAGGUAUGCCCCUUCUUGGAUGUUUAUGUGUACCCGAAUCAAAUGAUCUCAUUCGAUAACUAGGAAUUGAAAAUAUUUAUUGUAAAAAUAGCUCAGUCUCUUCUUUGGCAACUAUUAUGAGUCACUCUCAUUCUGUUGCUAGAAGCUGAAGAUGUGAAAUUGAUUUGCUACCAGAGAAACAAAAGAAAUUGAUUUAUAUGGAGGUAUACUGCAUAAGUUUCCAGGCUCCAAAUAGAUUGGCUACCAGUGUCCAUUGCAUGAGACUACAAGUUAUACAGUAUAAUUAAUUCAGACAAGACAUUAGUACAUCUUCACAUAGUAUAAAGUAUAUACUGAAAUUUGAUAUAAAGUUCCUGACUUGCGCAGCCUUUAGCCCUUUAUUUAAUCUGUCGUAGACACCCCUAGUCUUGACACAAGCGAAACCAUGGGAGCUAUUUAGUUUUAAGGUACUGUAAUUUUGCCAUCUUUGAUCAAAGUCUUGAGGCUCCAUUAGGGUCACUCCAAACUCCCAGCUGCUGCAUCACCAUCUGCAGUAACUGCAGCCCCUGACUUGACCUAUAUAUUUUGUAAUUCAAACACCAUAUGGCUUAAUUGCCAGAAGGUGGCUACAACGAAAAACCUGGUAUUUUGCGAGUAAGUUUACAGUAUGGAGUUUACAGUAUUCAUAUUGUCUGAUGAUGAGUUUGUAUCACUCUGCUUGCGGAGGUUUGCACAAGCAUUGCUGCUGCUUGGUCCAUACCAUUAGCUCACAUUCUUCACUGCUGUUAACCAAUAUGUGAGUACAGGCCUUUCGGCUAUCUGUGAUGCAUCAUGAAAUGAUAUUUGUGUGUUGGCCGCUUGCUCACCGGCUUGGAUGCAGCUUGUCCUGGGUCUGCCAAGACGAUUGCUUGCCUCCUAGCGGAGGAGGUUUCUACGGGCAAAAUGAAGAAGGUGAAGAAGGCUAUCAGGAGCAUAGGCAAGAAGACUGACGUCAUUAGGAAGGCGUCCGCGGCUGCUUAAUGGAGGAUGCUCAGUCUUUUUGUCAUCCAUCUUCGAUUGACUCGCCUCUGUGGAUUUGGUGGCGUUCGGUGGUUUCGCUGAGGGUUUCGUUGCGAUGUCAUUUUGCGAGGGUUUAUGGUUGUUGCAUGUUAUGUAUGUUUGUUGGGUUGACCGUGGUGUCAUGGAGUUUCUUUCUUAGCGAGUAGUCCACAUGUGAUCUAUAUGUAUCGGUUUUCGCCCGGUUUUCCGUUAAUAAACUGGGCAAUUCUCUUCUUCUUAAUUAAUCGAUGAGGCAAAUCUUUUGCCUCCGUUUCGAAAAAAAUAUUUGUGUGUUGGUGGUAGUAGCAACAUUUCUAUUAUUUUUCUCAACCUGAUCGAGCCAUGUGUUUUGCAAGAGAUCUCUGGAAUCGUGCACCUGCGUUUGUAUAUCCAAAUGCCAUGUCAUUUUUGGCCUGUCAAUCCAUGUCCUGAGAUGAAUUUUGUCUGAUCACAAUGCUCUUGGUGUCAGAUGAUUUGAAGCCGCAAGAUGUUGGCAUAGACCCCAGCAUGCCGUGCUUCAACCAGAGCGAGUCGAGAGGGCCUCCUGUGGUGAUGUAUCUGCAUUUUUGGACCGCUCUAAGUUUUUGGUAACCUCGACUACUACACGCAUCAUCGCCUAUGCAUUGAUUGUUUUCAUUUCGAAGAGCUUGCUAGGCCAAGGCCUCUCCUAUCAGGAUAUGCUAUAAUUGAACACUUUUUACCCUUA